CGUUGGGGAGUAAUCACGUCUAAAAUCGUUGUAAAGUAACGUUUCAAUUGUGGAAGACAAAUAUCUCUACUGUAAGCUGUGUGCGUGUGUAAACAGUAAUAAUCGAAAAUGUUUAACUUUAUGCCACACUUUAUGGCUGGUUUGGUGUUGGUACUUUUCUGUAACAGCAGCCUUGGAGAAAGAAUUGCAGCGAAGAAAUGUAACGAGUAUCGUAAUGUUAUUGCGACGACACACAAAAUCAUACACCUUCUUAUCGACCCAACGCCCAUCGAGGUUAAAGUGUACAACUGCACAAACGAACUGAAGCUGAUCGUGGGAGGAGAGCAGGCCCGGAAGGGCGAAUUCCCGCACCAGGCGUUGCUGGGCUAUCCGAAGGAGAAUGAUCCAUACGAUUAUGAGUUUGUGUGCGGUGGUACACUGAUCAGCGAGCAGCACGUCCUAACGGCAGCUCAUUGCUUUUCCGAACGCGACCUAACGGUAGUGCGGCUCGGCGAGUAUGACACAUCGUCUAGGUCGUUCGAUGAGCUCCAGCUCAAGGUCGAUCGUAUUCGGCGACAUCCGCGCUAUCCAAGAAACCAACCCUACGACGACAUUGCUAUCGUUCGCCUUGAACGACCAGUGCAGCUGAGCAAAGACAUACGACCAGCAUGCCUGUGGGAUUCGGUGGACCGUACUACGUCAAAGUUCAUUGCAUCCGGGUUUGGGCGGCGGGAUUUCUUCGAUACGGAACUUUCGCCGACACUGAUGAAGGUACAGCUGGAUGAAUUUCCGAAGGAAAAUUGCGCUCGCAACUUUCCGCGGCUUCGUCGUGGGUUACGACCGGGUCAGCUAUGUAUCGGCAGUGUUAAACCGAACAAGGACACUUGCCAAGGAGAUUCCGGUGGUCCGUUGCAGCUGGUGACCAAUGAGACGACCUGCACGUACCAUAUAGUUGGCAUCACGUCGCUUGGUGGCGCCUGUGCCUAUGGUAAAUCGCUUGGCAUCUACACGGAAGUGGCACAUUACAUCGAUUGGAUAGAAGAAAAUGUUUGGGGUGCGAAUGCACUGUAGUAUGGAAUUAUAUCACCGAGACGUGGAGUACACGGUGGCGUACCAAAUCCCAUUAGGACCGUCUCCUCCGUAACAAAGAUAGGUAGAAAAAUAUACAUGCGUACCUAAGGAUGUAUUUACACGAUGCGAAUCUGCAGUUUGCACUUUUCUGUUACAUCUGCACCAUUGGAAACAAUGCUCUUUAGCUUGGACAGAAUUCAUAAUAGUUUAAAUAUUGCAUAAUAAUUUAAAUAGAAAUAAUUUUUAAUAAAAUUUGAUACACGACGAUUUGCCAUUUAUUUAUGGAUUUCCCUUCCUA